AUGGCUUCACCAUUUGUUGCAUUGUUCCUGUCUCUUCUUCUCCUUCAACUGCUGCUGCUGCUUCCGUUGUUUGUUCUUGGCCUUCGUCCUCCAGCAGUUCGCUACCCCACCUUCGUCCUCGGUGAUUCUCUUGUCGACGUUGGGAACAACAACUAUCUCUUCACCAUCUCCAAAGCUAACUCACCUCCUUACGGCAUUGAUUUCGCGCCUUCUGGCGGCCAACCUACAGGAAGAUUCACUAAUGGCAGAACCACAAGUGAUCUCGUAGUUCAAGCUUUGGGGAAGAAUUCUUUCCCUCCACCCUAUUUAGCCGGCAACAACUGUAGCAAUGCUGUUCAGAAUGGCAUCAACUAUGCUUCAGGUGCUUCUGGGAUAUUGGACGAGACAGGAUCUUUGUUUGUAUGUGGCAAACUCACAAAUGUUUCUUCUAAUGGGUGUUAAUUUUUGGAUUUGAUGUCAACUUUGUCUACCUGCUUUCUACUCAAACUAUGCUCAGGUUGAGAGAAUACCAUUGAGCAUGCAGGUGAAAUAUUUUGAAGAAACCAGAGAUUACAUGGAGAGAACUCUGGGAAAGAAUGCUACUGAGUUCCUAAAGACCGCUGUCUUCCAAAUAAUAACAGGGUCUAAUGACAUCUUGAACUACUUCGAGCCAUCCGUAUAUUUCUUUGGAGAUAAGAAGCUCGCCCCAACAGCUCUUCAGGACAUAUUGGUCUCCAACUU